CUACGCCAGACCUGGCUGUAAACUGACUUUGCCCAUUACCGUUAUUUUCAUAACGUUCGCGUCCGGAGCAAGAGGCAAACCGCGCACUCGUCGUCUGUUGUGUAUAUGUUGUGCAUCGCUGGCUGUACGCAAUCGAAGGAAAAAAUUGACAUUCCAAUCGACUCCCGUUGCAGUUCUUGCCUGCCUGCCCGUGCGUGAGUGCGCGCUAUUUGUUUGGCCGUCCAGGUGUGAUGUGUUGAUAUGUUUGUGCACAGGAUAACGUCGGCAGUAGGUGGUAAAAGCUCGUACCACGCUCCUUAACAAAAGUGUUCCCGUACGGCCAGUGUUUCGUUUUUUUUUCUUUCGUUCUUAAUAAGCGUCCGCCCAUCGGUCGGUAUCGAUAAAAUAAUUUCGAUUCGUAUGACAUCACAACGGCUGGGCGCCGUUUGUUGGUGGUAGUUGUUGUUGAUGUUGUUGCUGCACACAUCGAUAGAACGCAUCGGAUUUCGAUUGCAACGGUCGUCGCAUCGUGUGCAACUGAGCACAUCAUCAUUGUCCCCAGUGUAAUCUGUUUUCUAUCGGUAUACUUUGAUAAUUGCAUAUCACCCCAUUUGGUACGAGAUAUUGGUGACUGCAACACGUUUUUUUUUUGUUUUUGCACCGAUUGCUCGCUCUCUCUCUCUCUCUCGCUCAAUCCAAGCAACCUUGGCUGCACCCAACAACGAUGCUAUGGUGUUGUGUGCUGCGAACGGAAUAGUUUGUGCAGUAUGGUGUAGCUGUGUGAGUGAGGUGAAGUGUUUUAAAAUUGCGUCAACGAAGCAAAUCGUCCGAAUAUCCUGCCGGAAUCCUUGACAACGCUGGGUGCUUCCGCUUUGUUGACGACGCGCCGUGAGCUUCCUCCCGCGGUGGUGGUGCGGUUGUAUCAAUGUACACGCGUGUGUGUUUGUGUGUACGCGUGGUUUAGGUGCGUGUGCAAGGUGUGAAUGAAGUGGCCCCACCAAGAAGCGAACCCCGCGAGAGAACGACGCCGCGAAAUGAGUGCAAUCAAUAAUACCAGCAGUACCAGCGGCGGUGGUGUUGGUGGCAACAAUAACAACAACAACAAUGCUAGCAGCCGGCACCAGAAGCUGGAACAGCAGCGACAACUAAUGGAGGCUUACAUACGACAAAAGCGAGCAACGCCGGGCAUGGUGCAGGCGAGCGAUCUACAGCUUGUCCGGCCAAUGUCGGGCAUCAAUCGAAAUGGGCGCGAAGUGCACGCGUACGACGGUCCGAUGCAGUUCAUGAUGUCGCCAAACAAUCCCGAUCAGAUCAUGCCCACCUCACCUGUAGGUCCAAUGCCAUCGGCGGCAGUUGGUACGACCGGUUCCAACAUUACGGCGACCUCGAUCGCGACCACUCCAACUUCACCUUACAGCGACUCCACCAUGGAAAAGCUAACACCCUCGUCCCAGGACAGCGAGGACGAGGAGAGCACACCGGUCGACGUGCUGCCGCUGUCCACCUCGACAAAAUCACCUGCCAACGGUGGUAGCGGUGGUGCCAUCCUGUACGAUCGUCCUACGGCCGAUCAGCUCCUGUCCCACUCGGCCCCCAUAUCGCCCGCACUCAACAACAACAAUCAUCACCACACCAACAACAGCAGUGGCAACGUGAAGUCCUCCGAAGGCUCCGGAACACCUCCGAACGGUGGUGGUGGUGGUGGCGGAGCGCCCGACACGGAGGGUGACGUUAUCGGUCCGAUCGAGCAGUGGGUCACGCAACCGGCCGCCCAAGGUGUCCUGUACAAGUGCCGGAUAACGCGCGACCGGAAAGGCAUGGAUCGAGGCCUGUUUCCCAUUUACUAUUUGCACCUCGAGCGAGACUACGGCAAGAAGGUGUUCUGUCUAGCGGGCCGCAAACGGAAGAAAAGUAAAACGUCCAACUACAUCAUCAGCUGUGAUCCGACGGACCUCUCCCGGCAGGCGGACGGUUUCGUGGGGAAGCUGCGCUCGAACGUGUUUGGCACGACAUUCUUCGUCUACGAUAGCGGCACCAAAAAUGAUGCGGCCACACCGCGCCUCGACCUGGCCGUCGUAAUCUAUGACACCAACAUACUGGGAUUUAAAGGACCGCGCAACAUGACGGUACUGCUGCCCGGGAUGACGGAGGACGAUCAUCGGGUGCAGAUAAGCUCGGUCGAUGGCCAGCAGGGUCUUCUCGACUGUUGGAAAUCGAAGAACAUGGACAAUGUCGUUGAACUGCACAACAAGACGCCCAUCUGGAACGAUGAAACGCAAUCGUACGUGCUAAACUUUCACGGUCGCGUCACGCAAGCGUCGGUCAAGAACUUUCAGCUGGUGCACGACUCCGACCCGGAGUACAUCGUGAUGCAGUUCGGCCGCACCGCAGAUGACAUCUUUACCAUGGACUUUCGGUAUCCGCUGUGCGCGUUUCAAGCGUUUGCCAUCGCACUGUCCAGCUUCGAUGGGAAGCUGGCCUGCGAGUAGCAACAACCCGUGUGCGGGAAGGAUGCACGGUGCAUCGCCGAUAUUAUACCGUACUGCCAACAGGAUGGAGAUUGCCGCGGAAUUGAGAAACGUUCCUGAAGGAAAGGAGCAGUAGACGUUUAGACAAUUGGUAUUUGCUAAGCUGCAUUAGCGGCUAAGGUUAAGGUUUGUGGCAAACAGUGCUAUUUAUUAGGGCAGGGAAUAUUAAUGUUUAGGGUGAGGUUGUUUUCGGUUCGGUUCGAUUUUUAAACCAUCGGACAUGUGAGCGCAGGAACACGUGUUCAUGCAGGAAGCUAACGGUACAAGCAAAACCAAAAACUCAAAUGAUCGCUAAAUGUGUAGAUAAGAUUACUGUGGGCUGAAACCGAUUCCAACUAAUCGACAAUAUUGGGGGGAAAUGUUUUAAAUGUGUAAUAAGGCCCCGAGUGGAGGACGAUCGGUGGUGCAUUGUGUGUACGUUCUGCUGCUCCAUCCGUGAUGCAGGUUUGAUCGUGCCCACCAUCACCCAAUCCCGAUAUGCUAAGGGGAUGCUGAUGCAGCUGAUGUUGGUUUGGCCUAAACAUUAACACGCGUAUUCUGUACCGUAGAUUGGCAUGGUGGGCCGUUCCAAUACCUUCGUACGAUAGCUUUUUAGCGAUGCGGUAGUGCUGCGAGCGGGCAGAUUGAUUUACCGCACCGCAAUGUUCGGUAACAGAAUGCUCCUAAUUUAUGCAAACAUUGCCUAAAUGUGUACACCGGUUUGUGUGGGGGGUAUAGCGGUGGGUAGAAAGUUGAACAAACAAUACUUAAAAUACAACAACAAAAAAACAGUGGUAAAUGGUUGUGUCAUAAUCAAAACAAAACAAAACAUUAAAACAUACAUUAACAAUGUUAGCUCAGUUAGCAUUUAAGCAGCCGCAGCAUGCUCACGGAAACUGUCAACAGUUUACAGUUAAGUGCAUGUGUGUGUGUGGCUUAGGGGGAGACUUAGUAGUAUGUUUUUAAUUUUUGGUAAUUGUAAGCUUUUCGAUUCAACCGUUUUCGGAAACUUGAUCUUGAAGAAACACACAACACAACAGUUAACGGAACGGGCGCAUUGUGGGAGAUAUGUACACCGAGGUAAGCGUCCUUAAAGGGCUAAAAGGGUAGAAGAAUGCUGGCGAUUACUUAUUAAAACAACCGAAAGAGACACUUUGAUACUGUAGAGUGUACGUUUUAGCGCACUUUUGGUUUUUGCUGACUAUAAAUGCCUGUUGGUUUCCGUUUUCUAUCGGUUUUGGACUCCAUUUUUAUGAUGUCGGCUACUCAUUCUAAGAAGACACAGACACACCAUAGAGAGAUGGAUAAACCAUGUAAAACACGCUCAUUGUUUCCAGCGAAAGGUGAAAAAAAAACAAAAUUGUGAAUUGUGGGUAUGAUAAUAAGGACUAGGCCAUGAAGCAUGAACAGCAUAGGUUGAGAAGAUCAAUGCUUUAUUUACAUAGAAAGCUUAAAGUAUUUAGUAACGUAUUGAAUGUAGCAGGUGAAGCCUUUGCGAGAGCUACUUUCCUUUUGCCUUAACGUAUCGCGCUUUACUGUAAAUGAAAAGUUUACGCUAAUGGGGCCUGCACUAUCGCUUCUGAAUCGAGUUUGGCUGGUAGUGAGCUUUCAAAAAUUAUUACAGGGUUUCUCGGGCCAGUUCAACAUUGUAGAAUUUUAUGUCAACAACACAUAAGGCUAAUCCGACAUGGUAUAUGCAAUUCAACCUCGUUAACCCUUCGCAACAUGGGAAAACAAACAUGCAACUCCGUAAAAUCCCAACUUGACAUUUUCCUUAGAAUUCCUAGCUGACUGACUCGUUUUUCACACAAUAUUUGCAAGCUGUUUAUACUACUAAGUUUCGCUCUAUAAUUCCCGUGGUCCGUUGGCCGACCAUUGAGAUUGUGAUAUGCAGGAUAAACCGGGGAUAAAAUCUCAUCCAGACCGCCGCCCCGUAGGUAGGACUGUUUAUUCAACUCCGGGUAAAAUCAAGUCACAGGAAGCCAGAAGGUUGUAGUAAGACGAUGAAGAAUGCUUUAUGAAAUAGCAAAGUAUUAAAAUAUCUCAACAUCAACUAUACAAAUUCAACAGACUUAUCGUUAAAAGAUAAUUGAAGUUUUAAAAGGAAAGUCAAAUCAAAUCAUGGAGUUAGCGGAUAAAAUUUUAAAUAUGAAACAGUAUAACAUCGAACCAUCAAAAGGAAUGACCGUUUCUCUGUAGUGAGGACUGCCCAAAAGGCCAAAUUAUCUUAAGCAGCACGCUAAAGAUCGCUGAUCUAAUACGUCUUUUGCAAUAGAUAAGCAGCGUCAUAGUUCCUCGUACUCUUAACCGGGCUUUAAGCAGCUUUUGUACAUCGAGCUGAUAAAGAAAGUUUGUAUGUGCUAUUUAUUUUCAUGCAAGAAAUCUGUUUCGGGAUUUCAAGCUGCUCAUCUUCGUAUUCCGAACUGCAAUUGUAGGAUAUAUCGAUCGGAAUAUCGAUUAUCUCGCAGUCGUCUUCGUUCUCAAACAUUUCACGCAUAAUUUAAGCACACUUUAUAAAACAUUUUCCCGAUAUUUUUACACGCUUUCAACAAAUCUUUCCACACAAUGUUUUUCUGGCGACGCAUGGCAGAUGGAAAUGUUCUAUUGACAUAAUCCUGUAAGCAAACAACUUGAAGGGCCAUCUUUCACUCUUAAAUGGACAUAAAGUUCCAUGAAGCACCGCAUGCUUCUUAAUAAGCCGCAUAGUUCGGAUGAACACUAUGCAUGGUUUAUAAAUAAGCCUCAUAGUUCCAUCGAGUUCCAAGUGCAAGUAGAAAAGCUUCAUGGUUCCAUCAAGUUCCACGGUCUUUUUAACUUGCCUCAAAGUUCGGCGGUAGUACGUUUUUUCUUUAAGCAGCCCUCAAGCUCGAUUUCAUUAUCUUUGGCUAUUUGGGUGACUAUCCAACAACAGAGAACAUCGAAUGCACUUUCCAUUGUCGAGUUGGGAUUUUAUGAUGGUGUUAUGAUUAUGGUGGAAAUCUGUUUUCCCAUGUCGAGAAUAAGGUAUUCGGAUAUAGGAGGUAGGAGUUGUCUAAAGCAGACUGAAGGGACAUCGAAGGGAAGGAUAUUGAGAGGAGUGGUGCAAGCGUCGAAGGGAGUGCCGGUUGUGGUAUCGCUAGCGGUUUUUUUUUUUUUGACGAUUUAUGAAUCCAAAUAACUUCAAUCUUCUGUGGAAUUUGAUAUGCGAAGAUGACCCAAAACCAUAUAAAUUUUGUAAAAAAAAACUCUGACAUAUAUCGACCAAAAUGGCACUCGGGAAAAUCGAUAAAAAAUCACCUUCAAAAUACAUAAACCUUGGAGAAGGAUUAACGAGGUUGAAUUGCAGGUACGAAGUCGGAUUAGCGUUUUAUACUGUUGACAUAUAACGCUACAAUAUUGAACUGGUCUGAGUACCCUGUAUAUUUCAAGUUCGACACAGAGACACACCGCAUGGCUAGGAUUUGCGGAUUAUGUUGAGCGAAUUGUGUGAAAAACAGCAGCAUCAUUACAAGUUUAAUUGCAUUUGCACUGGUAAAGGUUUUAGAGAGUGUAUGUGUGUGUUCAAACAAUACGGCAACAUUAGGAUAACGAAGCUGAGAUUAUUUGUUGGGGAAGGCUCUACUAUAGUAGCUAACUUUUUCGGAACGCAUUUCCCCGAAAGCGCGAAAUUUCAACAACGGCAAACAAAAGUGAGUAUUAAAUUCUUAAUGCGUAAAGUGUAGACUGGAUGAAACCCACUCUACCAGCGGGCAGUGUUUAGUUUAGUACGGCAUUAGCAUUUAAUUUACUGUCACAGAUUUCGCGAGAUAAAGAUCACAACUAAUUUAGCUUAGGUCCGCCAGGUUUCAUUCGUUUUUUUUAGCGCCAAACGCAAAGGGAAGAGAAGUAAGGUUAGAAAAUAUAUCAAAACAGAAAGAGAGUGGAGAAUCAAAGAAAUCAAAACUCGACUCAACAAAACGUAAGUUAACACGUCUAGUCAAACAAAUGUAGCAGAAGUGUGAGCCCAGAGCUACACCACGCGUGAGGCACAUAUACUUGGUGCGAGCAUAAUGGCGAACCGGAGGCCAUUUGAAUUACGGAGCAUACAUUGCUGUAAAUUUGCAACAUACACACAGUAGAGUAACAACGGCUAUGGCUCAUUUCAUUUGUAUUUAUCAAACUUCAUUUCCCCCUGCUGCUUAAGACGGAAGUAGGAAGUAACAGGACACGGUUAAGAGUACGCUCGCAGCUAGUGGAGUUCAGUGAGUGAGUGACUGUACGGAAGUUAAAUUUAUUUGUAGCUAAACGGAACCAACCAGAGACGAAGGAAGAAAGGAAUAAAGUGACUACAGAAAAGAAA